CUAUUGAGGCAAAAUUGCAAACAGGUCGACCAAGGGAACACUACCCGAUGUUGUGCCCCAGCCGGCAGCGCGCACGAUUCGAGCUCCGCCGCUUACCCUUCCUAGCGGAUCAGCGGGCGACACUGGUGAACGUCAAACUCAAAUGGGUUAAGGAUCGGCCUCUCGAUUCGGUGGUGGCCAGCGAACGUCAUCUCCGCCCCGUCCUCCACCUCGUCCACCUCCUCUCUUACCAUCCCCGCGGUCGCGUCCCCUCCUUCAACCUCCUCAAACGCUGCCGGCAAUUCGGCCUUCCUCACCGCCACGGCGACAUCGUCGCCUUCAUGCGACGCUACCCCACCAUCUUCCGCGAGUCCCCCGAUCCAGGCGCCAGAAACGGCGACGGAGCCCCUUGUUUCUCCCUCUCCGAAGACGCUAUCCGCCUCCGCGAGCAGGAAGUCGAAGCGCUCGCCGAUGCCGAGACGGACCUCGUGGACCGCCUCCGUCGUCUCCUUAUGCUGACUGCCGACAGGUCCCUUCCCCUCCCCACCGUCGAUCAGCUGCAGUGGGACAUGGGUCUGCCGUCGGAUUACCACCUCACCCUCAUCCCUCGCCAUCCAGAGGCCUUCUCUAUCGUUCGCCUCCCUGGCGACGAGCGCCUGUGGCUCAGGCUCGUCUGCUGGGAUCCUCGCCUCGCCGUCUCGGAGCUGGAGAAGAAGAGCGUCGCCUCGGAGACAGAGACAGAGGGCAAGGGCUUGGCGUUCCCGGUGAAGUUCACGAAGGGGUUCGGGCUGAGGAAGAAAUGCAUGGAGUGGCUGCGGGAGUGGCAGACGCUGCCCUACACCAGCCCCUACGCGGACGCGUCCCAUCUGGAUCCCCGGACCGACGAGUCCGAGAAAAGGAAUGUGGGGGUAUUCCACGAGCUCCUGCAUCUCACCAUCGCCAAGAAGACGGAGCGUAGGAACGUGAGCAACCUCCGGAAGCCGCUCAGUCUGCCUCAGAAGUUCACCAAGGCGUUUGAGCGCCACCCAGGCAUCUUCUACCUGUCGGAGAAGCUGGCCACGCAGACGGUUGUGCUCAGGGAGGCGUACGACGGCAGGAAGCUCCUAAUUAGCCACCCUCUCCAGGAAAUCAGACGCAAGUAUGUGGGCUUGCUCAGGGCGGCUCGAUCGCAGUGGACCGGAAGAUCCAGCACCAAGAUUGAUGAACAAGCAACAUUGUAUUCAAAGGCAGUCGACCUUGCUGAUGCUUCCGAAUCAUCCUCCAGCGACGAUGAACGCGGCGAUGUCUAUGCCUCAUCAUGACCGUGGCUUGCCUACGGCAGUCGUCGUCAACAUUCAACUUGUGCAAGGUACAGUGAGGUUGGUAGGAACUGGAACCUUCAAAUCUUGGAACUAAUUUGACAACCAUCACUCUUCUUUCGAUAUUAGUCGUGUUUUUGUUUGAGAUUAGUGCCAAAAGAAAUUUGUGUUUUUGUGAGUUCAUAGUUGGCCAUAAACAUGAAAAAAAUGCAUUCAUUCCGGAAGGAGGAUAUUAUAAGCUUAGCCGCUUCA